AUGGUUUAUAAAUAUGUCCGUAAGACAAAACAAGGUAGUUGGACACAAAAUGAUCUACAAAUGGCCAUGUUUGAGUGUCAAAAUGGGACCAAAAUAUUGACUGCAUCUGUAAUGUAUAACAUUCCGUUUUCAACAUUGUAUAGGCAUUUUAAAUCAGGCUGUGUUGAUAAACAUCUUGGCAGGUUUAGAUCUACUUUUUCCCCUGAACAAGAACAAGAACUGGUUAGCUACUUAAAAGAAAUGGAUUCGGUUUUUUAUGGUCUUUCUAAGUCUGACUUCAAAAGUUUGGUAGCUGUAUAUUCUCAAAAAAAUAAUAUAGAUCACCCAAAAAGCUGGGACAUAUCAGGUUUAGCUGGUGAUGAUUGGUUAGCUCAUUUUCUAAAACGUAAUCCUAAUAUAGUUCUAAGAACUCCAGAGCCAACUUCUGUGGCUCGAGCUAGGGGUUUUAAUCGGCCACAAGUUGAAAGAUUUUUUAAAUUAUUGGAAGAGCAAUAUAAUAUUUGUGAUUCGGAUGCCACUAGAGUUUACAACAUGGAUGAGACUGGUAUUUCAACAACAACUAAUAAACCCCCUAAAGUGUUUUCAAUUACUGGAAAAAAACAAGUUGGAGUUAUUUCUAGUGCUGAGCGAGGAAAACUGACAACAGUUAUUGGUUGCUGUAAUGCAGCUGGCUCUUUUAUCCCGCCUUUUUUUAUUUUUGCAAGACAAAAGAUGCAACCAAGGUUGAUGGAUGGGGCUCCUCCUGGCUCCAAAGGGCAUUGUUCUGCUAGUGGUUGGACAAAUGGUGAUUUAUUUUUAACGUGGCUUCAAUUUUUUGUAGAAAUAGUGCGACCCACACCGGAUAAAAAAGUUAUUUUAGUCUUAGACAACCAUGAGUCGCAUAAGUAUUACCCUGCUUUAAAAUAUGCUGUUGAAAACCAUAUUACAUUUGUUUCCUUUGCACCUCACACAACGCAUAAAAUGCAACCAUUGGAUAAAUCUGUUUUUGGUCCCAUCAAAAAGUUUUUUGAACAAGAGAUUAAUGUUUUCCAAAAAUCGUAUAGUGGUCGUAUAAUUAAUCAAUAUGAUAUUGUCAAAAUUUUCAGUCCCGCUUAUUUAAAAGGAGCUACUCCUCUAAAUGCAGUAAACGGAUUCAAAGCAACGGGGUUGUGGCCUUUAAAUCCUUUUAUUUUUGGAGAUGAAGACUAUGCUCCAGCAUCAGUUACUGAUAGACCCAUGAUGAACUUGCCUGUUUUAGACUCAGACACUUAUAUACCUAGUACAAGUUUAGAACCAGUAAUGAACUUGCCUAUUUUAGAAUCGGACACAAAUAUACCUAGUACAAGUUUAGAACCAAUAAUGAACUUGCCUAUUUUAGAAUCGGACACAAAUAUACCUAGUACACGUUUAGAACCAGUAAUGAACUUGCCUAUUUUAGAAUCGGACACUAAUAUACCUAGUACAAGUUUAGAACCAAUAAUGAACUCUACUAUAUUAAAACCAACAAGUAAUGAAAAGACUACACCAAAAAAUACAAAAAAAGUUUAUACAAAUUGCAUUGGUGAUCAAAAAGUUUCCCCAUCGGAAAUUCGGCCUAUACCUAAAUUUGAUUUAGCUAAAAUAUCAACAAGAAAACGAAAAGGACAACGGGCAGAAGUUUUAACCAGUAGCCCUAUUAAAAAAUUACAAUAUGAAAGACUGAAAAAUGCAGAAGCUAAAGCGACAAAAACAUUACCAAAACGCAAGGUGAAAAAAACAUCAAAACAGAAGCCAAAUCAAAACGAAAAUGAGUCUGAAAGUAAUCUCAUCUGCCUUAUUUGCUUAGAAAAAUAUUUAAAGGGACCUGAAGGAAAACCCCUUGAAGAUUGGAUAAUGUGUUGUAUUUGUGAAAAAUGGUACCACGAAGACUGUACAUCUUAUCUAGGAAAAUCUCAAUUCAUUUGUGAUUUCUGUGAAGAUGUUGACUGA